AUGGCCUCUUCCAUCGAAGCUAGAGGUGUGUGGACAAACGUGAAAGAUAUUUUGUCGUGUGCGUGUUGGGUCAAAGUUGGUCAUUGCCCGAUCACAGGCAUUGAGAUGAAGUCCUCUCAUAUGUGGAGAAAAACUCAUGGAGAAUUUUGUGAAAGAUCAGGCUCGACUCAUACGGAAAUGGCACUGACUAGUAGGUGGAAAAUUUUGAAUAAAGAGUUAGGGAAAUGGAGAGAUGUGUUGGCAAAACCGAUGGACAACAUUCGGAGUGGUCAAAAUCUUGCCGACGAGAUUAUUCAAGCACAAAUGUGGUUCGGUGCCAUUGGCCAAGGCAAAAAAAGUUGCAUCAAUCACCAAUGUUGUGACGUUGUCAAGAAUUGUUCAAGAUUCAAAAUUAUUUCCACUGGUCCGACGAUUGUGUUGAAUGAGACGCUGCUCCACGAAUCACAGGCAACCGAUUCGCCAUUGGACUCCCCAAUGGAUCAAGAGUCACCAAUCCAACGUGAGCUGAGGCCUAUUGGGAGAAAGGCGGCAAAGGCCAAGAGAGGGAGCACUUCGAACACUAAAUGUGCAAAAUUUGAGGAGCAAAUUGCUAAGAAUGAGAGAGACUUGAAAAGAGAAGAAGCAGACAAGGCACGAUAUGACGCAUAUGCAAUUGAAAGGCAACAAGCACAAGAACAAGACAUGAAAGACAGAGAGAUUAAAAUCAUGGCCAUGGUUACGAGCCAUAUGUCUCCUAAAACAAAGUCCUAUUGGAAGCUAAAAUGA